GCGUUAGUGGUGACGUGGUUUUCAGCCUUCACCCGGAAAGCCGGGCGUUCGCAGCGCGCUCUGGCCUGCCUUUGGGUCCUCGCCUGGGCCCCGAGGAGCCGCUCGCUGUCUCCGGAGCGGCAGGGAGGAUGGUGCGGGGCAGCCCGGGGCCCGCCGCGCGCCGCCGCGAGUGAACAGGGCCAGGCCGCGGGCGUCCGCGGAGCUGCCGGUCUGUGGGGCGUUGCCGCUUAUCAGAAGCAUGCUCAGCAUCAACCCCCUGGAGAACCUGAAGCUGUACAUCAGCAGCCGGCCGCCCUUGGUGGUGUUCAUGAUCAGCGUGAGCGCCAUGGCCAUCGCCUUUCUCACCCUGGGCUAUUUCUUCAAGAUCAAGGAGAUUAAAUCCCCAGAAAUGGCUGAGGAUUGGAAUACUUUCCUGCUGCGGUUUAAUGAUCUGGACUUCUGUGUAUCAGAAAACGAGACACUGAAGCAUCUCUCCAAUGACAGCACCACCCCUGAGAGCACCAUGACCAUUGGGCAGGCCAGAUCGUCCACCCAGCCUCCCCAGUCCCUGGAGGAGUCAGGCCCCAUCAACAUCUCAGUGGCCAUUACCCUGACCCUGGACCCUCUCAAGCCCUUUGGAGGAUACUCUCGAAAUGUUACACACCUGUACUCCACCAUCCUUGGGCAUCAGAUUGGACUCUCAGGCAGGGAAGCCCAUGAGGAGAUCAAUAUCACAUUCACUCUGCCUGCUGCCUGGAAUGCUGAUGACUGUGCCCUCCAUAGCCACUGUGAGCAGGUGGUGUUCACAGCAUGCAUGACCCUCACCGCUGCCCCUGGAGUUUUCCCCGUCACCGUUCAGCCACCUCACUGUGUCCCCGACACAUACAGCAAUGCCACACUCUGGUACAAGAUCUUCACAACUGCCAGAGAUGCCAACACAAAAUAUGCUCAAGACUACAAUCCUUUCUGGUGUUAUAAGGGCGCCAUCGGAAAAGUGUACCACGCUUUGAAUCCCAAACUCACCGUUAUUGUUCCAGAUGACGACCGUUCAUUAAUAAACCUGCACCUCAUGCACACCAGUUACUUCCUUUUCGUGAUGGUGAUAACAAUGUUUUGCUACGCAGUUAUCAAAGGCAGACCCAGCAAACUGCGUCAGAGCAAUCCUGAGUUUUGUCCUGAGAAGGUGGCUUUGGCUGAUGCCUAAUCCUACAGCUCCCCAUUUUCUGAGAGACCAAGAACCAUGAUCAUUGCCUGCUGAACCGGCCAGAGCCUGGCCACUCUGUGAAUACACGAUCUUGCAAUGUUGGGUUAUUCCAGCCAAAGACAUUUCAAGUGCCUGUAACUGAUUUGUACAUAUUUAUAAACAUUGAUCUGGAAAUUGGUCCUGUGAUGCACGUACUUUGCCCUGGAUGUAGCCUGAACCCGUCACCCUCAUGGGGGGAGGGAGGACAGGAGGAUACGAGGGCACAGACAUGGGGUUCUUCCAUGUAGUGCUACAAGAGUGUGGGGAUCUUGCUGGAGCUGAGCAGGUCGUGUUCCAGUACCAGUGGGGUAGCGGUUUGCUGUGGUUCUUGUUUCAGCCUGGUGUGUUCAAUGUUGGAAUCCAUUUGCACCUUUGUUAGGACGCUGCAUUUCCGAAGCCACCAUUCCCUCCUGUGGCUCUUACAUGUCUGUGGCUUCAUGACCAUAGUGACAGCAGUAAUACCUUUUCAGUUUGCUUGCAAGGAAACCUUUUUUUUCUUAAAAUAAAAAAGUCACAUUUUACUAUUCCCUUAGUUAAGACAGACAUGUUCUUCUAUCCUAGGUAAAAGGUCAUGCACCCAAAAGUCACUUCCGUAGUGAAGAUCAGUUUUAUUUCUACACCGGCAGCUAGGAACUUGAGUGCUCUGCUGCCGUCUGCUUCUGUAGAGAAGUUCCUGGCUUGAGAAGUAGCUCUGCAGUGGAGGCACAGGGCACAGUGAGGGCUGACCUCACAGGGCAUGGCACACUGAAAGGAGUGUUGGUUUGCUCUAACAGUUGCAAACAGCUCCUUUUUUUUUUUUUUUUUUUUUUAAGGAGAUGUGUGUUUUUUAAAAAAAAUUUUUUUUUGCAUUCAUUUUUGUACAACACGUCUUGAGAAGGAAAAUGAUCAUUAUGACGUGUAAUGUGGAAACGAUGCUGGGGAGAUCUGAAGGAAGGCAUGAGGUUCUGAUGGCUGUUCACUGAGCAAAACCGGAAGCAUUUUCCUUAAGAUAUUUUUGAUCAUCUGGUUCCUCUGUCCCUUUUCCUCUAUUUCAUUUAAAAAGGCAUUCACAAUCUCUUCCACUCAUUAUUUGUAUUUUCGGUGUUUUUCUAUCAGCGCCUUGCCUUAACAGUUCCCAAGUAGUGUUCUGUGUUCCAGACUUGUUGGGUGUGGGAAUGAAUGCCCUCUGGAGGCUGAGGCAGGAGAAUCUUGAGUUCAAAGACAGCCUGGGCUACAUACUGAUACCCUAUUCUCAAAGCAAGAAAAAAAAAAUGCUUAGGUAUGUCAGCACUUUCGUUCCAUAACUGUAGGUCUGUAGUCUGUCUGAACUGGAGUUAACUUACUGUGUUCUGGAAUUUACUGGCCUAGAGAAUUUUAUCCCAGGCAUUUUGAAAUGGAAAACAAUAGCUUUUUUUUUUAAUUGAAGAUUGUUAAAAUAAUCAUUGUAAUAUGAUGCAAUAGUAUAUAUUUUUUAAACCAGUUGUGAGUUGCUUAUAAGAUGGCUAAUGUGUGAAUUUAAUUUAGUCUUCUUUGAGACCCUUGUCAGGUAAGAUGGAGAAAAGCCACGUGACUUGGCUGGUAUAAAUGUGUCAUCAGGACCAUCAAGCUUCAGAUUAAGCUGCUACUGAGUAAUCAAACCCAGUGGAGUAAGACAAUGAGAAGGGUCACUUUCACUGGUCUGCCCAGCCCAGCUGUGUUCCUCUUAGCCACCUUUGUUUUGAUGACAAGCAGUGGCUGGGAUCUGUAGGGGGUGGGAAGGAGGAACACAAGGCUUGGGGAGAGGAAGUGCCAAAAAUGCUUGGGACAUGACCCAUCCUGAGGCCAGAUACUAUACUUUAAAACCCAGUAUUCACCCUAGCAGGUAGACUGUUGGAGGAUGGCUGGGGAAGGAGGUUGGGGGCAGAGUUUAGGGGCCUGCAGACACAUCUGGGUCUGGUCCACAGCUGCUUCUUGCUGGUAAACCUCAGACUUGGAAUGUCAGACUGGGCCACUGGAGACUUCCGACCCCAGCAGCACUGGCUUGUCCUCAGGUGUCCUAGGCUGGGGGUGCAGUCAGAAGUCAGUGACUUCCUGUGAAAUGGCUGUUUCAGAUCAUAUUGAUCUCUUUCCUUUUGUCCUUUCACCGUAUAGUAUGACUUGAAUCAGUUUUGAUUCUAUUCGUAAGUUCUCGUCGUUCGGAACCUGGUGUUUCUGUUGUGUUCUUGGCAGUGCAUAGGAUCCCAGCCUCCUGUGUUUUGACCCUCCUGCAGGCACUGUGGGACGUGAGGGCAGCAGAUUCAUCUCCCGUCCCUUGCUGCAUGAUGGUCACUAGCUGAUAUGUGAUGGUGUCCCUCCCUCAUUGAUUUUCUGUGUUUGAAGUAUGUGCAUAUGUGCUUUACAGAAUAAAAGAUCUGGAUUUA